AUGGCAGCAGACCGUUUUAACAUCAAUCGGCAGUGGGAGCAUCUACAGGCCAAAUACGUGGGUACAGGCCACGCUGAUACGACCAAAUUUGAAUGGGCAGUAAACCAACAUCGCGACACAUUAGCAUCACACUUGGGUCACUCGGACAUGCUUGCGUACUUUGCCGUAGCUGAGAAUGAGUCAAUGGGUCGCGUGCGGUAUAAUAUGCUGGAAAAGAUGCUACAACCUUGUGGCCCUCCACCUCAAAAAGAAGACGAACAGUGA